AUGCAGACGGUUCCAAGUCUGGUGGGAGCCGGUACUGCGAUUGCUGCUGCGGCCAGUGGCCUGGUCUUUGGCGAAGUUGUAGACCCUCCCCCCUCCACCGGACGGCCAGCGUCGCACUCUACGACAAGACUACAUAAUCAACAGUCGUUUUCAAUAGCACCAACUCGCCGUGCAUCCUUUUUCCGGCCUGGGACCAGCUCUGCCGCCUCUACCUCUGGAGCACAACCGCAGCAAUACUCCGUACCACCGUCCCCCGUUGUUUCAAGACCUCCCCUAUCUAGAUACCAGAGACCUCGCUCUUCUCAGGUAACUUCCCCAGGCAAUCCACGGUCUAGAGCACCCUCCAUCAAACAGGGGGAGUCCUCGUUUAACACGAUACCCGAGACACCAAGAGCGUCCUUCUCCUCUUCAAAGUCAAAUGCCUCUUGGAUUAGGCGACUCUCCCUUCGUCCAUUGUCGCGACAAGGGAGCCAAAGGUCAAGCAUUGGCCCCGAUUCGACACCGACCACUUUUCCCCAUGCGCCCAGUUCGCCGGUGCUCCCUCAAUCGUCCUCAUUUGUUACGCCGCACCAGUCAAGCAGGUCUGUAAAACGAACACAGUCUAGCACAAACGACGAGCGUUCCGUGGACACACGAUUGCGAUCCAAAUUCAACUUCGCUGGUUUGAGGCGCCCCGCCACGAGCGACCAGAGGUCUGAGACGCCGCAAUCAUUUCGAUCCUACCUGGAUCCUACCUCUUCGCCUUACUCGAGGGAUACGCCGAGCCCGGCACAGGACGUUCGCAGUAGCCCCCACCUCCUCCCCUCACCACUCGAGAGAGGCCUGGAGGCGUAUCGCAAGACUGGUUGGAGGUCCUUUUUCCAUUCGCGAACGAAGCGCGACUUUGCAUUGAGUCCCGGCCGACCAUUGGAAAAGAGUCCGCAGUCCUGGAGCACGAGUACCAAGCGAAUUCUGAUUGGCGAGAACAGGCGUAGAGGAGCUUAUCUGGUCAAGCCGACGAUGGUGUCGGGUGCUCCUGGCACUUCUCCACAGCCCGAGAAACACCGUCCCGUAACAAUAGACGAGCGACCCGACCCAUUCUCAGAAUCACACCAAUCUGAAGUUUCCUCUGUCGAUAACACCCCCUCCAAGCGAGCUAGGCGCUCGAUUUCAAUGACCUUUGUUUCAGCAGGCAGCUGGGUGUCCCGAACGUCAGGUAGCCUUCGUCGACCGAAGCGUGAUCUCACACCAGGGAGAGAAACACAUCGUCAUGUUUCUGAGCCUCUGACAGGCUCACGACCAACAUCAGCUGCAAACCGGCGUAUUGCGAGUGCGAACCAGGAGCCACAAAUCAAACCAAACCUUCUUAGCAGGGAGACAUUGGGGCGUCUCCCAACCCCGAAUUCGCAGCUUUCAGUAAGAAAAAGAAAUUCUCCGUCUCCAGCAACCCCACCUCCCAGAAUACCGAGUUUUCAGGUUGAGUUGGCAAGACUAGGGUCUGCCGGUGGCCCUUAUUUCCAACAGGCUGUGAGGCCCAAUCAGCCUUCUGGAAGCUCCAUCAGCUCCACAGCCAUGUCGCAACUGAGAUCACAGCCCAAUGGGAGAAUUUCCAUCGUCGACAGCUCAGACUACGAGCCGAGGGACUUCAUGUCUGGAGAUGAGGAAGAUACGGAUUUCAAGAGUGAUACCAUGUUUGACUCAAUUCGCACUGUUGCGUCUGGUCGCGCAAGGAAUGUCGAAACCCCUCUGGAUUCGAUGUAUGAUGAGUCCCCUCCCAGCACCGCUGGCAAUGGCAGAGCAAAGCGGCUGUCGAUUCAAGAAAUCCUGGGUCAGGACUGGGACGCGAGCAAUAAAAUUAUGGAAGAGGACGAGGCGUUCUCUACACCUGUGCGUACUGCAGCUCACCGAGACCAGCCAGCCGAACCUCGAUUUAGCACCGACUCAUCCAGACAUGACUACUCUCUGGCCGCCAAAGGACUUGGCCGUAUGUCAAUUGAUGAUGACUUUGACGAAGACUGGACGAAAGAUGUUGAUGGCCCAUUCAAUGCCCUGUCCCCACCUUCCAAAGGCAGCUCGGCCAACUCUAGAAAAAUCAAUCCAAAUGUCCGUCUUGCUCUGGCUAACAUAAGUGGGAAUGGUAUGAUGGAACAUGGGGUCAUCGAUAUUCGUAAUGAACGCCCGCUGAGCAAUCUGUUUGACUGGAGCGAGCCGUCUGUUUAUGCAAAGCAGGACCUGAACAAACCCUCUGCGCGACCGAGAACGGCAUACACGAACCAGGAGACAGAUGCUAGAGGCGGCCGCCCUGUUGUCCGUAAGGUACCAGCCCCAACUCACGUCCGAAGCCAGAGCGUGCCCGUUGUUCAUGACCCUCCCGAGGAGUCAAAAUCGACAGGGAGCAAAUACGGAACUUGGGGAAUGGGUACCAAACCAAUUAGCGAGGACUGGGACGACGACUUUGAAUUUAGUGGAAGCCUCGGAGGUGGCAAGCACGCUGAUGGCCACUUUGCCGUACCCGAGUCAAUCCAAGCUACACAACCCAGCGUCAAGGCGCACUCGGGGCAAAUUCGCGAGCUAUCACUACUGGUCAACGAUCUGCAGCGUCUCUGCCGACACGGCCGAGACUUGAAUAUUCUUAGUGGCCCAUACCACACCUUGUGGAAGGAAGCAGAGGGUAUUAUCGCUCUGGCAUCUCCCGAUGAUGAUGAUGCCAUGGAAGGAGACAAGGACGCAUCCUCUGUUGACGGUUCUGAAACGAAUGAACGAUUUUUCGAUGACGGUUUCGAUGUCGCAUCCCUGGACCGGUUAGAUGCUGCUCUGGAUGGCCGUGAGCCCGCCAUGUCCAAGACGACAGUUGUCCGAGACCGACCCUCUCCGAGGAGACGUUCUGUCUUUUCUCCCGACGAUGAUAUAUUUGGCGGAGGUGUACCACUAUAUGAUGAGCCACGCACUCGGACCAGCCGCCCUAUAACACCGGAGGCCAAGCUGAGCAUGGCGCACGACGUGAACGGCGUUGUGCGAACCGUUGUGGAGGCCAUGCAACAAUCGGCUCAUUAUGAGCCAGUAUUGGAGACCCCCCCUUCCAACAGGCGUAUGCAUUUUGACACAAACAGCCUCAAGGUCCUCGUCAAACGAGCGAGCGAUUUGCGAGAUAUUCUAUCAGAGUUCAUCCGCAAGACCGACCAAAUCACACAGAGCCCUGUCCGAACCCCAAGACACGAACGAUAUCUUGAAUCGAGUCCCGCUUUCACACGGAUGUUUGAAGAUCCCGCUUCAAGCCCACCCCGUCGCAUGAGUAACGUAUCUGAUGAUAAAUCACCGCAGCAUUCGCCUUCUUCUGGCCUCGGCCGGCGAAUGCAAAUGAUGAAAGUUAAAUAA